UGCUGUCAUGUUGAUCGGCGCCUUGCUUUUCUGGGCUACUGAGGGGAAACGCAAGAUUUCUGAACCAACGGAAGUAGAUUUCCAAACGAUGUACAACAUGUCGAAACAAGAUUAUAAUUUACUUUUGGAAAGCGUGCGCAAUGAUACAUCCAGUCCCACCAUUGACAGACUACCGUGGACAUUUGGAAAUUCGUUUUAUUUUGUUCUCGUCUUGAUUACGACUAUAGGUAAGCGUCCUUGCGUUGUUUGCAGACCUGGAAAUCUGUUUGAGGUUCCCCACAUUCUGAAAAUCUCGUUUUGAAAUGUUCUUUCCAAACUUUCCAAAAUUCGUGUGUGCGAUAUGUAUUUGUUUAUACAAACAUGAAUAUGUUUAAACAUGAAUGCUCUUUGAAGAAUAUUACCUACACUGGACCACCACGUUUGAGAUAUAUUUUUCAGGUAGUUCAGACACAAACCACGAGGGCUUAUUGAAGAAUACUACCUACACUGGACCUCUACGUUUGAGAUAUCUUUUUCAGGUAGUUCAGACAAACCACGAGAGCUUAUUGAAGAAUAUUACCUACACUGGACCACCACGUUUGAGAUAUCUUUUUCAUGUAGUUCAGACACAAACCACAAGAGCUUAUCGAAGAAUAUUACCUACACUGCUGGACCACCAUGUUUGAGAUAUCAUUCAGUUCUCCUUACCUCUUAAUUCUCUUUUCUCAACAGGCUAUGGCCAUCUGAGCCCCGUAACCUGGCAAGGUCAAGUGUUUUGCAUCUUCUUCAGUCUAAUAGGGAUUCCUAUCACUGCAAUGAUGUUGAAGUCAGUGGGAGAAUUCAUUGCAAAGGCCACAACCGCAAUCCUGCGUGCUUUUGAAAGAAGAGUGUUAAAAAGAGAGCCUGAGAAUUUGGUGCGAAAAUGUUUCAUAGCAACUUUUGUUCUGAUGAUUUUCAUGCUGCUCGGAGGGGCGGUCGUUACGAAAGCUUCUGAAGGUAUUUUAUUGUUUUGUAUUGUUUCAUUUUAUAUUUUUAUUCUCCAUUUAUCAUAAUGGCCCAUUGUCUUAGCCAUAGGUCUUAGCCUUUCAUUCUGUUGAAAAUUCCAAUGUUCUCCAUGCAAUUCCGGCAACUCAUUGAGGUCGAUUUGUACUAACAAACACUGGAGACGGAUGAUAGAACAUCUGGUAAUUUGUCUGUGUUUUAAAUUGUCAGGGAAACCCAAUGAUUUGGCUUUAUCCGUAGUUAGCAGAUUUUCGCAACAAAAUCAGUCAGGCAUGAUUUGUCCCCGGAACUAUUGCCAGUAUAGUCACGCUGUUCUUGCUAGUUCGUCUGGAUAGUUUAUCAUGACGGAUGAUCUGUCAAUGUGUAGAAAUAUGACAUUAGAUGAACUAUUAGGAAAAUAUUAGACAUGAUUUGUUCCCAAAACCCAACCUCUGCCCAAAACCAUUGACGGUAUAGAUCACGUUAUUCUAGAUAGUUUAUCUUGAUAGUUUGUCAGAUGGAUAAUACGCUAAUAUACGCAUUCUCUACAGAGCGUUUGCACUCAUUUCUGAGGAACUAACUCAACAAAAGCCAUGGCGGCCAUGUUGAUUGUAGUAUUAUAAUAAUGCGGUUAUACUCCUGUAGUCACCCGAUGCAGUAUCUUGUAUGGAAUUAUACAAUUAUGCAGUAUCUUAAAUUGUGCAGUAUCAUGUAUGGAAUUACAGUAUACUCGCCUUCGGCUCGUGAUUUCGCGCGCUUUUCUUAACUCCAGCAACAUUCCCAAGUGUUUGGAUGAGGGCAUCCAAACACGGAAACCAUAAAGUAAUUGUUUUAUAAAAUAACAACUUUCCGUGUUAAAAUUUAAAUUAAAAAAACUUUCACUUUAAAUUUCCGUGUUUGGAUGGUCUGAUCCAAACACGGGUUUCGACCAAUCAGAGCACGCGUUAUAUUUUAUACAUCAAUGCACAUAAAAAGUACCUUAGUAAGCAGUUUGUAGAUUUCGUUCCAGAAAUCCGUUUACGUCAUCAUACAUUCGUGUCACUGACUCACUGCGCUAUCAAAGUAAUCUGAUUCUGUUGUAUGUAAUUAUAUUAAAAUUCGGCCAAUUGUUCCAACCAUUUCCUAUAAUUAAAAACAUUUAUAUUUAGGUUGGUCGAUAAUGGAAGGGAUCUACUUCACGUUCGUUACCAUGUCAACGAUAGGUUUUGGUGACUAUGUGGUGAAUGAUGGUGCCUACGUGCAUAAGAACAUGACCAGGACUGUGAUCACGCAGCUCAAUCUCGUGUUUUUUAUACUUGGCUUGGGUGUAGUGUCUAGCGUAUUGUGUUCCAUCAGUCAGUUACUGGAAUCAGGGGGGUUGGGUUGCCGUAAGAGACGGGAAGAAAUUGAUCAGAAUGAAAAGACUGAAGUCACAGACAUCGAGACUUGACUGGAAUUGUGGUUACUCAUGUGAACCAGUGAAACUAGUGUACUCCAUCGGGCAGUUGCCGGAAUCAGGGGGG